AUGCCUUCUUUGAAAAUCGUCCCAAACCUAAUAGUGUAAAAUAAUCGCCAGAGCCGUCUAUUUUCUAAACAACAUUUAAAGAUUAACCAUGCUUAAAGUAAACAAAACAAAAGGUCAUUUAAUUAUUGAGUAAUGUUUUUAAUGUUUAAGCGAAGAAGACGAUUGGCGUAUGGAUAUUAGAAAACCAAAAAAGAGAUGGUUGCUGGCGUCGCCUUAAAGUCGUAAACAGAGUGUUUACCGUCGUCAACCUCCUCUCUCUCUCAUCUCUUAGCUACCCAUCUGCUCCAGUACCAUACAGUUUUUCACUUACUGUGAGUAUUGAGUAUUAAUACUAUCAGCAGGGGACAAAAAUCACUAGGAACUUGAGUUUUUUAAUUGUUCCGUUUGUGGUUGAUUCCUACUUAAGCUAAAACCUCCCCUUUCUGAUAAUUUACCAGAGCCAUCAGGUUUGAACUAUCAGCUGAAAAGCAAAGAGAAAUUGUGAGAUAAAAGUUGCAUCAUUCUUCAGAGCUCGGGGAUUCUGCAUUUCUGCUCAAGUCCCAGAUGGAGAUGGAGAUGGCUGAGGAUGAGAAAAAUCUAGUGGAAAUCUUAGAGGAGGAGAUCCAAAUUGACAUGGCCAAAUAUAUCAACUAUGUGAGUGCCCCACAGGCGGGUGCCAUUGCAACAUUUUCGGGUACCACGCGCGACACUUUUGAGGGCAAAACAGUCUUGGAGCUCAGAUAUGAAGCAUAUGUUCCCAUGGCAAUACGGUGCCUAAAAUCCAUUUGUUCAUCUGCUAGAUCAUCCUGGAAUCUCCUCUCCAUUGCAGUUGCCCACCGCCUGGGCCCUGUUCCAGUUGGUCAAACAAGUGUUUUCAUUGCAGUGUCAUCUAUUCAUCGAGUUGAUGCAUUGGAUGCUUGUAAAUUUGUGAUUGAUGAGAUAAAGGCAUCAGUUCCAAUAUGGAAAAAGGAGGUUUAUGCUAAUGGAGAGGUUUGGAAGGAGAAUUCAGAGUUCCUAGAGCGGAGGUUGGAUCUCGGGAAAAAAGAUGACAUGUAUUAUGAGAAGCAAGUCGAAGCUGAUUCUGAAAGGCAUAGCAGGAAGAGCUGUUGUGGGGCUAAGGUCAAGGUCACUGAGGAAGGAGACGGAAAGUCGUAGAGCUGUUUGCAAGGCUUUUUCUAUGUAAUGCAAUUUUACUCUUCAAAUACUUGUAAUGUUCUUUUUUGAUCAGUUGGUAUUUCUGGGUUUUUGAUUA